GCCCAAGUGUCUUUUUUUAAAAUGAGCAAGAUACCAAACUUAAAAUUAGAGGAAGAUUUGCUUGCACCUUCAAAAAUCUACAAGAAUAUAGUACCUACUGCUAUUACUUCCACUACUACUGGAGCCAAUUUACAAACAACAACUCCACCACAGAAAAGUGUACCCGCAUUCCUCAAUAAGCUUUUUAGUAUGGUUAAUGAUCCUUCUACUGAUGAUCUCAUCUGCUGGGCGGAAGAUGGUAAAUCCUUUUUCGUAAAUAGACAAGAAGACUUUGCGCGUAAAGUAUUACCUCGGUUCUUUAAACACAACAAAUUUUCAUCUUUUGUUCGACAACUAAAUAUGUAUGGAUUUCAUAAGGUACCUCACCUUCAACAAGGCGUCUUAGAAACCGACAGCGAUUCCGAGCGCUGGGAAUUCAGUAACCCUAAUUUUCAACGAAACAAGCCAGAGCUACUAACACUGGUGACGAGGAAAAAGGGUGUAAGUGCUGACGAAAAAGAACUUUCUGGUGUUGAUUUACAACAUAUUCUAGAAGAGAUAAAGUCAAUAAAAAGGCAUCAGAUGAGCAUCUCAACUCAACUCCAGAACAUCCAGCGCGAUAAUCAGAUUUUGUGGCAAGAAACAGUUCAAGCAAGGGAAAGACACCUUCGACAUCAAGAAACAAUAGAUAAAAUACUUCAAUUUUUGGCAUCUGUGUUUUCUAGUAGCGGCGCUGGCGAAAAAAGAAACGUCAUCCCAAGAAAAAGACGAUUUUUGUUGGGUCCGGGUGAGAGUGUUGAACAAGAGACUGAACCAAUUGAAGGCGCUAUCGUAUCCAAUGAAGAUGAUGAUAAUGAAAGACCAACCAAACAACAAAAACAACAAAAUGAGGCACUAUUCAAUAUCAAUGACUAUGUAAAUGAUGUAAAUGAUCAAGCUGAUGAAGAAGAAAUUAGUAAUCCUAUACCUACCAACAUCCCGGCUAAUGACUUACAAGACGCUAUUGCUCUCAAUAACAAAUCAAAAAUAGCUGAUACAUCAAGCUACGUACCUAAUCUUGACUUCUCUAAUAUGCCACAACUUCAAAAUCUCCAACACUUGAUCACCUUAGCACAAUCGAACCCUGACCUACUCAAUCAACUUACAAGCGAAUCACUUUAUGGAACACCAUCACAGCUGACCAAUGUCGUAGCCUCACCAGCUGCUUCGCUAGACUCUACUUCUUCCUCUGCGCCUUCUCUUAAUCAAAUAACCAACAAUAUUGCUAAUGUUUCAGAUGAGGCAAAUGCCAUAAAUCAGGAUAUUGAAGAAUUGGGGCUAAGUCUUCAAGCACUUGCACAAUACCUCGGAUUUGAUCCAGCCUAAACUUUUUCUUUUUCUUUAAAUAAAACAUAGUUGCGUGUGCCCCAA